AUGGACAAAAUGGAGAAAGAAGCAGAAAAAGUAGAUCCACGGGAAAAAGAAAGCUGCUUGUCCUACAUAAAAAUGAUGUCUGCAGGAGUCCUGUUUCUUGGGGUAUGUAGUAUUGGAGUCGGUAUUGCCGUGCUUGUCCUACUGGAUGGCGCCAAGUACCCUCUUACAUCGGGUACUGGCAUCUGGAUGUCUGGCAAUCAUAUAGCCUUCGGGUGUGUGGGAAUUGCUGCUGCUAUGGCAACGAAUGAGAUCACGCAGAUGAAAUUGCUGAAUGGUCACUACGUGGUUAGUAUUCUUCUGAUGACACAGGGCUACCCAAUGGCCACCUCUAUACAGGGGCUGAUAGUGUGCGCCAAUGGCGACGAAAAAUGUGGAUCCAACUCGGACGCACUGGCCGCUCUCCAAGGUGUACAAGUCGGGAUACUGGUACUGUCCUAUUUCAUAGGAAUUGCUUCAAUGGUGUUACAUAAUAAAAAGAAAUGUGUCCUGCAUCCAGAAUGGAAAUACAGAAGAGGGUGUUGUGGGGGUUCUUCGUGUGAUUGA